CCAGCUAAUCGAAGCAUUUAAAAUAAUUAGAAACCAAUUGAUUUUUUCAUUUACAUGUUUUUUCCAGGUUACAGACCUCCUGUAUAGAACAUGUUGCGUGACUAAACAGUAUAAACGACUGACCUGCGACAAAGCAGGAGGCAGCGUUCCAAAAACCCCAAAAUCUAUUUUCGGGUUCUCUUGACGUCGUGGCUGUGUUACUACGCCAGAUGUAUACGGAGGAACAAAACGAAAAGAGGUGAUUGGCAGAUUGCUCUUUAUAUUGCCGACUCACACGACAUCAUUCGUCAAAUAUUAUAUGUCCAUCUAAUCGAUCAAGCAACCUACAUAUACGUUUGGUACACAUGUUACCAUGCGCACACAUCAAGUGGCUUUGGAAGGUAUGGUGAAAAAAAAUGAUGUGCUGCGCAGGCCACUCUUCAUUCAGUCAACAACUGGUUCGUGUACGUACGUGAUGAGGGUAGGGGGGUGGUAGCUGUCUUUUCCCCCUAUACCUGGGGAGGUUGUUGCCAAGAUGUGCGCAGUCAAUGCCAAAGCAUCGUUCAAGGAUGGCGUCAUCGGAACUCCGGCGUCCAAAAUCUGCUAAUCCUAAUCGACGAUUAAGGACAGCCACGCACAAAGUGACAGAUCCACGAGUCCGUCCCGAACAACCGUCUGCUAAUCCCGAUGUCCAGUCGUCUCCGGACGAGUUCAGCAACAACGUCUCAGAAUCGUGUCCAUUAUCUGUUUGGACAAAUUCAGACUCCUCUUUGCUGGAAAAUAUCGAUGAUUUUCACGAAGCCAUUGGUCCGCAACAGCAGUCUGGUGUGUCGAAACAAAGGCGGACGCCAUCACCUACAUCUUCGUCGACAUUCGAUUCGUUGAUGACUUUCGAGUGCAUUCAAAAGGCCAGUGCCUUGCGUGUUUUGGCCAAAACACUCGACAGACAGCGUGAUGUCUUGCAGCAAGCCAGUGGUGGAAGCCAUGGCGAGACGACCGACUCCCGCAAAACGACACCCCCACCUAGAAAAUUGCGGCCUUUAGGGCGUGAAUACAGUGGACCUUUCUAAAACUAGUUUCUUUUUCUUUAAACUUUAGUUUUGUUCUUGCUUAUGGGGUGACAAAAGGGAGGUGGGGACAAACGGUUUCAACGUGAAUAGAAUGUAAAAAUAGCGUAUUAAUGUUAAUAACAUCACGAGCUGACGAAUUCUCUUUCUUUUCUUUUUUUGUUGUUGUGGUACUUUUACUACAUGCAGUGGAGGUAAGGCAAUAUCACGUGUUACAAACACAUAACGCCAUGGGUGCGUGACAACAAGUCGUGAUUCAACGCUGUAGAAAACUUAAGUUGUAUGUCAUUUCUAGUGCGGCUGAAACGCUCCGGUAUAACGGAAACGUACUUUUUUUUUUUUGCUAACAUGUCACGAAUCUCAAGAGUCGCAAAAUUUUAGUUUAAAGAAU